CCUUUUCUAUAAGGAGGCAGAAGGAUCAUUACCAAUUCUGAGUAGGACACAUCAUGGCUGAACAUGCUCAAGACUUAGAUUUUGCUUUGGCUCUGUCCCUCCAGGAGCAAUUUUCCAGAGAAACUACUUCAGAGGAGCUCAACAGAGUGUGUCAACCAUCUUCAUCCCGUGAUCACAGAGCACCAAUCACUCAGGGCCUGAAAGAGUAUGACCCUAAGACUGUUGUCGACAGUAGUUGGGAGCUGGCUGAUCCCAACCCUGACAUUCAUAACCUGUUUAUCCAGUUUGAUCUGAUGUUUUUUGAGGGGACACUUGUAUCUAGAGGGGUAGCCGUCAGUUGGAGCAACAGAAUGACUUUGUGUGCUGGAGUGUGUUCUUACAGGGGGCGAGAGGGUUUCUGUUCCAUUAGACUGAGUGGGAAACUCUUAAAUAUGAGACCAAGGAGAGACCUCGUACAGACUCUACUGCACGAGAUGAUCCAUGCCUACCUCUUUGUAACCCAUAACAACACUGAUCAUGAUGGACAUGGACCCAACUUCCAGACUCACAUGCACCGGAUAAAUCAUCUAACUGGGGCCAAAAUCACAAUAUACCACAGCUUCCAUGAUGAGGUGAGGGAGUGCCGAAAACACUGGUGGAAGUGCGAUGGUCCUUGUCAGAGAAGAGCACCAUUUUUUGGAAUUGUGAGGCGAUCCAUGAACAGAGCACCCUCCUGCCGAGACCCCUGGUGGGCGGAGCAUCAGAAAACGUGUGGUGGCUCCUACUCAAAGAUUAAAGAACCAGAAGGCUACAAAAAAAAGGGAGAAAAAAAAGUAAAAGAGGACAAAGGAAAUAUACUUAAUGGUGAAGCUAAGAGCAAGAACAAACGAGGAAAACAAAAAAGUCCUCCCAUAAUUGAUCUCGACAAAAAUAAGAAGAUUGAUGAAAUGUUCCCAAAGGCAAAUGCUAAAGACAAAGUAGACUUGAUACACGUAGGGGACGAUUCAGAGAGUAGUCUGUCAGACUCUUCUACUAACGAGCGCAGGAGUAAAAUACUGGCAGCUGUCGAGAAAAGAUUGGCACAAAAUGAAAAUCGAGGAAUGAAAACAGAGAAGAGACUUUUAUCACACGGUUCUCCUAGGGAUAUCAGACAGUAUGGAGGGCCUAUCAAGAGACGUAAACUGACCAUAUCAGAAGGUGGUCCAGAAAAAACUCAAAGUUCAUCUCCGACCCUAGUAGUACCUGAAGAGUGCAAAAUACUCGACCAUUCUACUACUACUACUACACCGACAGUCAUUGACCUUUGUGAGGAUACUUAUGACCGUUCACCAGGGCCUUCUCAGAGUAGCUCUACUGAAACAACGAAAACAGUCGUCCAAAGUGAUGAUAAGAGUAGCCAAGAGGUGUUUGUCGAUCGCAAUGGAGUAGUUGUGAUUGAUGAACUAAUGAUUGAGGGUGGGCUGGACGAUGAAGUGGUGGUGGUGGAUGGGGUGGAGUUUAAGACGUGCCCAGUGUGUGGGAUGAACACAAUCCCAGCAGUUAUCAUUAACGCUCAUGUUGCAUUCUGCUUAGAGGAAGAGGACUGGGACGACGAGUGAUAACCCACCACUUUUUAAUUAUUAAUGACUUCUUCAAUCAUCACAAUUACAUUAUUGAAACAUGUUAAAACAAAUUUCUUACAUGUAGAUCUACUCAAAAUAAUUAUUUUGAGGAUGUGAUUUCAAUC